CUUCUGGAGGUUGAGAAUGAGUCAAACACCCUGCAGGACGGCUCUCUGAUCGAUCUGUGCGGGGCCACCCUGCUGUGGAGGACCCCCGCCGGGCUGCGCCACACCCCCACCCUCAAACAGCUGGAGUCCCUUCGCCAGGAGCUCAACGCCGCACGGCCCCAGUGUCCCGUGGGCUUCAACACCCUGGCCUUCCCGAGCCUGGCCCAGCGCGAGAUUGUGGACAAGAAGCAGCCCUGGGUCUACGUCAACUGUGGCCACGUGCACGGCUACCACAACUGGGGUUAUCGCAAGGAGAAGGGCCCCGCCGGCCCCGGGGGCACGGCCCCGGCCAGCACCGGGGAGAGGGAGUGUCCCAUGUGCCGGCGGGUGGGCCCCUACGUGCCGCUGUGGCUGGGCUGUGAGGGAGGGUUGUACCUGGAUGCCGGGCCCCCCACUCACGCUUUCUGCCCCUGCGGCCAUGUGUGUUCAGAAAAGACAGUGGUGGGGUGGAGCCAGAUCCCGUUACCCCACGGCACCCACGCCUUCCACGCCGCCUGCCCCUUCUGUGGUACCUGGUUGACAGGGGAGCAGGGCCAUAUCAAACUCAUCUUCCAGGGCCCCGUCGACUGAAGCCCAGAGGGGUCGCUCAGAGGGAAGAGACGGAGGACAUGCUUAGUAAAGACUGAGUGCUACAACCUGAACACUACAGUGUGGGACAAAGAGAAAGCACUUAGGACGAGGAAAGGGGACGGACU